UAAUGCUAACUCAGAUCAAGGACUGGGUUUUGCUUCUGUUUCAUAGGCGAAGACAAUAGCUUUAUUUUCAACAAGGAAAAGAAGAAGAAAAAAGUGUCUUUUUUGUUGGGUGUUCUAUUCUCUAUCUCAUGUUUCCGUCAAAAAUGGGGUCACAAGCAACUGAAAACACAAGUAGUAGUGUCAGUAGCAGCAGCAAAGAAAUGGGGAAUCUUUCUUUGCAAACAGAGAAUUACCCCAAAAAUCUAUUACAAAGAUUCAUCCCAAGGGAGACCCAAUCUUCAACGAGAAGUGAAGAAGAAGCAGAAGAGCAAGUGGAGCUGAAUCUUGGGUUAUCAUUGGGAGGUAGAUUUGGGGUCGAUAAGCAUGCAAACAAGUUGAAAAGGUCAUCUUCAAUUGCUGGUUCGAUACCAAUUUUUAGAGAAAUCGAUGGUGCCAAUACUACUCCGCCAUCUGUUCCUCGCCCAACUCUCAUGAGAGCCUCUUCUUUGCCUACUGAGACCGAAGAAGAGUGGAGGAAGAGAAAAGAGUUGCAGACCCUAAGAAGGAUGGCAGCUAAGAGGAGAAGAUGUGAGAAGCAAAGGAGUUCAAGAGAGGAGAAUAAAGCACUUCAGGGAGCUAGAAGUAGUGGUGAAGCAAGAAGCUCCGGUAGUUCCCUAUCCUCGCAAGAUCCUGGCAAUCGAGAGGCUACAGGUUCUUCGUGGACAGAGACUGGCGAAACUCUACAUAAGACGAUUGAAAAUAAGGGUAAAGAACGAGGGAACUUGAUGGAAGAUAUGCCUUGUGUUUUCACAAAGGGAGAAGGUCCUAACGGGAAAAGAGUAGAUGGCAUUUUAUACAAGUAUGGAAAGGGAGAGGAAGUGAGGAUAAUGUGUGUAUGCCAUGGCAGUUUUUUGUCUCCGGCAGAGUUUGUCAACCAUGCAGGUGGUGGCGAUGUGGAUCACCCUCUUAGGCAUAUAGUUAUAAACCCUUCCUCUGCUCCCCUUUAGUAAUGUCUGCAAUAGUUGAUUUAUUCUUGCUGGUGUUUCAUUGGACCAAUUUUCGAUUGCCCCUCUUUGGAUUCUGUGGUUUCCUAGAAAAAAUAUAUAUUUAUUGCAAAUAAGGAAAAUAUAUUGCAAUGGUAAACCUGCCUCAGUCCACAUUACAACUGCAAAGUUUGUUAUGAUUUGUACACUUGAACUGUUCCUUCCGGAUCAAGUCAUGCACCUAGAAACUGUAUUAUCUUA